UGGAGACGCAGAUACAAAACAUAUCUAACGUCCCAAAUUAUUCCGAAAAGUCCUCAGUUCCAAGUCGCGGCCAUAUAUCGCAGCUCCCAGUCGAACUUCUGUCCCAUAUUUUUGAGGCCUCAAGUCCUGCCUAUGGGCUGCCUCGGGCUAUACCAUCCUCGGGCGACAAGAAGGAACAUGGCUUCGAUCUGCCGUUCCAUUAUCCCUACAACAUCGCCAACGCCCACCAUCGUCUUAGACACAAAUUUUCAGAGAGGCCUCGCCGAUUUGAAGCUGUUCCUCGGAUGGUCAGAGGAUCUCCCGCUGCAAGUAACCGUCAGGCGUUCGGAGCAGCAAGAACCAACGACGAAGGGUCAAGAGUCCGAGCCGUUGUUGGGAUCCUGAAGCCCCAUAUUCAUCGGUGUUGCUACCUCGAAUUCGACGUUCUUCGCGGGUCGUCCCUGCCUUCCGUCCUCGGAGAUUUGUCCUCCAUCAGCACCAUACUGAAGACUCUCAUCCUUUCCUGUCGACUCGAUGACGAGCAUCCGGAAAACCUGUUCGACGGCGCAAGGUCACCGGAGGGCCUUUCUGCGACCUUCGCAGGCGUGCAUCUACAGAGGUUGGUCUUGGGUGGCCAUACCAUCGCCGAGGACAAGUCACAGGAGAACGAAAAGGCGGAAGAGAUUGUACCGCACCUCUUACAGGUCAUAACCGACGUGGGCGAUGACCACACGGCGUUCUGGACCGUCGACCUCUUCAACCUCGAUAUCGCGUAUUGGGACGCAGGCCCUCCUGAUAAACCGUUCCAGGUCUGGGUGUCGACACACCUCCAACAGCUGACCGAGCGAACGAUGCGCAACCUCCUCACCUAUGCUGACUUCUAUGGGGCGGGAAACCUCAGUGUCGACGAGUGCCACCUACCACCUGGCCAGUCACUCGACAGCACCCGCGACCUCCAUCUUAGCAAUUGCAGAGGAAACCAUGCCGAUGCACUCUCUGAAUGGGGCGGCUUCGAGCUGCAGAUCUCGUUCUACCCGAACCAGCUGGACGAUGCCAUCCUUAUGUUGGCUGACCGACGCCAGCGCGGUGAUUGUCCCAUGACUGGGUUCUUCUUGGAAGGAUGUUCGAAGUUCUCGGUUGAGUCCGUCAAAACGCUGGCGGUAUCCGAAGACCCGACUGCUCUGUUAGAGAAGCGCCGCAUGAACUACAUCUAUGUCUCGGGAAUUGGACCAUGGAUAUCGCGUAAGGAGAGGGAAUGGUUCGAGGAAAAUUGCCCCCGUAUGGUCGACUGGAAAACAAGGUCGGCGCAUGGACCGUGGAGUGAGAGCGAGUCAGAGGAAUAAC